CCCCCUAUGAAUCGCCAUAAUGGACUGAACUCCCUCGCACUAUCUCCCAAACCGCUGCAUAUACGAGACCUGGAGACGCUCACUACUACAUCUGUCAGUCUGCCACUCACUCAAACGGUGUCCCGCCGGGAACUCUUCCUCAAAUUGUACCUGGAUGCCGGCGAACAGGCAAUCCCACUUUCAUCCCUACCAAAGAAGCUCAGGGUCGUUGACGAGCGGCCUGGCCUCUCCUGAUCGUUCCCAUGGAACAAACAGGCUCCUAUCACUCUCCCAGUCGGCGGGGCCAGGUGGCUCUGAAGAUAUAUAUGGCGAGUUCAACCAAUUCGUGACGCGGAGGGAACUUUUACGCUCGACCAAUGGGAAGUCAAAGUCGCAAAAUAUGCUUUUGCGAAGUACAGGGACGGAUGACUCGUUUCGAAGAAGCGCUGCUAGCGAUGGGAAUGCCUCGCUAGACCUCUAUACUGAUCCGGAGCUCAUCAAAGCCCGGAAGGAAAUCAGAGACCUCCGAGAUGCGCGACGGAAGCUGAUGGAAGAGAAAGCCACAUUCGAGCGCACCAUUCAUACCCUGGAGAAGAAUGGCGAGGAGAAGGAGAGCAGGCUACAGGAAGCGAUGUUACGGAUAGACCAGUUGGAACAUGAUCGGGAGUUUCUGACGAGCACCAAUAAGAACCUGUUGGCUCGGUUGGGGACGCAGGAGGAAGAUGCGAUCGAGCUGAGAAAGAAGGCGGAUAUGUCAUCCAGUGCGCUGCGGCGUGAGGUCUCUGAGCUGCGGGAUCAAUUGGCGAUCAGCAGGCGAGAGGGAGCCUCGCGGACGCAGAAACUCCUCAUGGAUAACGAGUCGCUCGAACAUAUGUUACAGAGCACUCAGGAACAGUUACACGAGUGCCAUGCGGAGCGGGAGAGGCAAUCUGAAUUUAUCAAAGCGGGACGAGAACAGUUCGCGUUAGCAGAUGCGAGAUAUGCAGAGGCAAAAGCCACGAUCGCCCACUUACAGGCGAAUGGCAGCGCCUCGGAUGAACUGCCCGUCGUGCGCCGGCAGCUGACGGAGCAAACGUCUCAAGUCCGCUCUCUGGAGGCGAAACUGCACGAAGCAGCUCAGCAGAUCCGGUACCUCCGCGGCAUGCAAGAAAACAACGAACGCCUGAAAGACGAAAAGCAGCAUUUGGAAACGCAAAUCACGCGCUUGAUGCAGUAUCAGGCGAAAGUCAAUACACUGGAACUCGAAAUCAAACGGUACCAGGACGAGAAGGCCCAGUGGACAGCGUACCUGAGCGAACGGGAUGAUGUCGGCAUCGACUCUCCAUACGCGCUGGCCAAAACGCUCGCGCAGGUCCGGUUGGAGUUGGCGGAGCUGAAGGAGCGAUCUGGAACGGACGACGCACAUCACAUGGGUCACAAGUCCCACAUUCAAAGACUAGAAGUCGAGCUCCAGGAAGCCAAAGAGGCCGCAGCCGCCGCCGAGCGAAAGCGCCUAAGUGAAAGCCAAGCUCUGAAACGAUUAGAGCUUAGCCGCAAUCUGGCACAGAAGGAGAUUGGAUACCUGCGGGAACAGCUGAAGAGCUACGACGUGGAAGAAGAACAUCUGGUGAGCGAGACGUAUGACCGCGCAAAGGCGCAGCGGAUCGCAAAAUCGGAUGAGAUGCUUGAUGAGUACCGGAAACAUGUCGCUCUCUUGGAGAAGCAGCUCGCAACAGGUGGGGCAACCGUACUUUCCGAAUCCCGCUCGUUUCCACCAACCUCCACACCAUUCCCACCGACCACCGCCUCUUCAAAUACACCCGACCCGCAACUCCUCGAAAAAAUCCGCGAACUCGAAUCCAUCGUGUCCCAACUCCGCCAAGAAAAACUCGCCCUCCACAAAGAAUCAACCGCCCUGGACCUCAAAGUCGGGCAACUGGAGCAAUCCCUCGGCCGCGGCGAAUACAACACCCAAACCACGCGGAUCCUCCAACUCGCUCAUAACCCUGAACUCGCCGAAGCCGCUAUCCGACAAAGCACGCUGGAUGCGCUCAAGCAGGAGAAUCAAAAACUUGUGCAGGAGGUUACGCGGUUGGGGUCGUCUUCGAGUACUUCGAAUUCGAACAUGCUCGGAACAUUGGGCGGUGAGGGGGGUGCGAACGUCCCGAUUGAGAGUUUGAGGAGCGUGCAGCUGGAAUGCACGAAACUGCAGUUGGCGGUGGAUGAGAAGGAGAAACGGGUGGUGAGAUUGAAGGAGCAGUUUCAGUUGAAGGCGAGGGAGUAUCGGGAGGCUGUUUAUUCGCUGCUAGGCUACAAGCUCGAAAUCGACCCCGACGGCCGCGUCCGCCUCACUUCCACCUACGCCGACGCGCACGUGCCCGGGUUUCUCUUCACCUCCGGCGACGGCGACCAAGGCACCCUGCAGCUCAUCGACCCGCCCUCUCUGUCCGUCGACGAUCAAAGUAACCCCGAGACGGCGGAAUUGGAACGGGAGGAGGUGAGGAGGAGAUUGGCGGCGGGGAUGGCGUAUUAUUUGCAGGAGCGGAAUAGCGUGCCGGCGUUUUUGGCGGGGGUCACGUUGGAGUUGGUUGAGAGGAGGGGGGUUGUGGGUGGAUAGGGGGUGGAGGGUGGAUGGGAAGAUGUGCUCAAGGCGGCUGAAUCAAAUGAGAUUUGCUCUUUAUACCCCAUUUUAUGUGUGCCUCCAUGAAUAUUCUUCGAA